UGACAUAAUCAAAUCUGUUUUUUGUGAGAGAGUAGUGUAGGCAUGUUUCAUCACAUCAAGCGAGCUUUAGGUAGUAGUACCCUGAUGUAGAUCUUCCUUCUACUACGGCCGAGGGAACGCCACGACUUACCUAGCGGGUUUUGCACUCGAAGUAUAAUGGCCUUGGCCUAUAUUUAGAUAGUUGUACUCGUCUGCUCUUGACCACCACCACGUUGACUACCACUACUUCGAUGGCCCAUGAUCAAGAUGGCUCGCAGUGAAAAGCGGCUUCCUUGCAGUUCCUGUGGCGUCUUUGCGAUGCUCUUCGCGCACAAACAGAAACUGACGGUAUCGAACAGUUGGAGAGUUGCCCACUUAGUAUUCUAGUAGCACAAAAAAGAAAAAUUGCGCAAUUGUUUUUGCACCGUUGUCUAACGCAAUUCUUUUUGCACCGUUGCCUAUUCUUGGCGCCAAUUGUCAAGAAAAAUAUGUACACAAAUAAGCACGAACGACAAAAUCAGGUAUAACAUGUAAUCCAGUGAGUCUCGUGCCAUCGGAUCCAAGAACUAACCGUGUUUAAGGACGGGCCACGGGGGAUAAAAAGAACUCGACCUCCUACUUCGGAGGUUCUUACGGCGCAAACAAGCAAGCGUAGGGGCAGGUACUACUCUUUUGUGCUAUGGCUUGUUGCGCUAGUUUCAUUUUCCAAGGGAUUUGACGCAUUCGGAUUUAGUCUCCCCCGUCGUGACUUGGAUAUGAAAAUUCAACAAAGCUACACAAAUAAAACCAGGUGGGCAGCAAGCCUCUUGACCACCACGCAAGGGCAAGGACAUGGCCUGCACUUCCGCGAGCAUGGAACCACACAGGUAUUACAGUGAAAAAUGCCCCCACCCCCGAAUUUGCGAAAGUUUGUCAUGCAAAGUUUCCAAAUGAAAGCUUUUUGUCUUGCAUGAAAGGAUUGCGAGCCUUUCUGAUGCAGAAUCUAGGCGCACAAGGUGCCUUGUGCAUAACAGAUCCGGCUGCUGUUGGGCCCCUUCGCAACACAAAUUCGAGCUAUCCAGCAUGGAAAAUUUGUGAUGCUGAGAUGCAAGACGGCAAGUGUUUCUACUGGAAAGGUUUGCAUUUGCAAUACAAAUGCUGCCAAGUGUGGGGUGGGGGCAUUUUUCAUUGUAAUAACAGGAGGGGCGAUUCUGUUGCAUCCACGGAUCAUCGCCAACAUGAGCAGAAUAUCGAGUGCAAAUAUGUCUGGGUCUGGAAAAGUGCAAGGUUUGUCAUGCUAGGCUAGUGAGACUCUUAAGUCUGUCAUGCACGUUACCCAAAAACCCUAUUUUUCUGUGAUGCAGAAACGCAUUUUCUCAGGCAGAAUAGGCAACACUUAGAAGCUCAGAAACUUGUCAUGCUGAGCCAUCAUAUAUCGCCUCCACAUGCUAAGUCACUCAGCAUCACAAGUUUCCAGACCCAGACAUAUUUGCAUGUGAUACAGAACAGGCGACAUGUGCAGCACCGGGACCGGCCCGAUGUCGUGAAAUUGUAUUUUUCUCCACAGGAUGAUAACUCUGAAUCUCGGCCCGCUGGUUGUAUCCUGAGCAAAAACUUCCCCACGCCAGAGUCAAGAUGGGGACUUUGCUAGACAAAUCAGCCAACUUUGUUUCUUUCGCAUGACAAAUUUGCUACACAAUCCAGUAUCUUUUGGUUGUCGCGCAUAAAGAUAAAUUUGGGCUGAUAGAUCAUCGUGUAAUCGCGUGUAGCUGUUGUAGCUGCAUGGCAAAUCGAUCUUCUUAUCCUGCUUCUGCCAUGACAAACUGCCAGACAGCAAACUGCCAGACAGCAUUACAGAAUGCUCCUCCUGGAGCUGCGCAUGAAAAACGUCUGAGGCUUGCAGAUUUGCAUGACAAUUCGGGGACGUUUUCACACAGGAUAGCUGGUCGACGAACGACAACCGCGACUAUCAAAUGUAAAAAUGUCUGGGUCUGGAAGAAUGUAACUUGUAAUGCGUAUUUCAGAACACAGAAAAGUCUCUCAUGCAUACGUAGCAAAAGCUCGCACUUUUUGUCAGCAAAGUAGGGGACUUGUCAUGCGAAUUCGGCAUUGCGGAAGGUUCUCGAAACCUGUGAUGCUAGAGCUUCCAUGCCAGACCUUCUGUGUCAUGCAAAAACAGCAUGACUCUUCCAGACCCAGACAUUUUUACAUUUGAUAGCGACAAGGACGAUGCAAGUUCCGCAUUUUCGCUUACCGGUGAAUAUGCAUUGCAGCAGUACUUGAUCUGCUGGUAGCACUUAAGCGUAGACAUGCACCACGACCAUUCUUAUGAUAAACCCGUAUUACGUACAAUUUCCAUUUUGAAUGCUGAGGAAAUUUUUUGUCAUGCGAUUUAUAGAUACUAUUAGCACGAGUACGAGACUUUUGCAAUGCAUAUUGAAAAAGAAGAACUUGUUCGCGCUGACCAGCUUAGCGGCGGCUUUUACCACGACAUCCGCGUAUAUCCUGUGCAAAAGUAUCGUACUCGUAUUGCAGUCAUGCAUUGCAAAUCAUCUUGUUAUGAAGGCAAAUCAGCAUUACAAAUUUUAUUUCUCAUGCUGAAGAAAUUUGUAAUGCAUUUAUACGAGUGCGAUACUUUUGCAAUGCAUAGCGUAUGGGCAGACACCAAAUGCCGACCCGGACAGUUCGGGAGGAGCACAGAAAUCCUCUAGUAGUGGGCGGCCGAGGACCACGAACCCGUCGUCCGGGGACAUAUGAAGAGAAAAUAAAGUGCGUCAGGGUCGUGGUCCUCCGGACAGUAGUUCUUCUAGCACGUAUCAAAGGGAAAAAUCCCCCCUCCCCAUAUCAAAACGGAAAUCUGUGAUGCAGAUUUGUUGUCACAAAUCAGCGUUGUUAUGCUACACGGGAAAAGAUGCGGACUGUAGUGCUGGGUGGCGUGGGGAAGCCUUGCAUCUUCAGCAUGAUAGGAGGCAGCUGAGAGUGGGAAACAGCAUGACAAAUUGCCUGCAAACGAGGCCACGACUGCGGCUCUUGGCCUUCUAGCAUGACAAGUCGAUUUGUGACCUCAAAUACAGCAUCACAAAUUUCGUUUUCGAUAUGGGGAGGGGGGAUCUUUCCUUUCGAUAGCACGAUAUUCAUUGGCUGCAAGAACGUGAAGAUCUACUUCUGUAGUCUCACACAUGCCAGAGCCCGACAACAAGCACGCAACGCACGUCUUCAAGUUUGCAUCAUCCGAGAGCGAGGUGGACCCAGACACUCUUGCCAAUGCAUAGCGCGCGGAUCCGACAAAGAGCGUCGUCCAGCACGAAGAUCGGAACCAUGAACCAUCCUCAUCGUCUAUUACCAUGAAAAGUGCCCCCACCCCAGAAAAUGGCAGCAUUUGUGAUGCAAAGCUUUCCAAUGGAAACUCCCCAAGAGAUUUGAAUCGAGCACUGCCCGAGAUUUUAGAUGAUGAAUAUUUGAAAAAAUGAAAAGAGAAACUUUUUUAAUUUUUGCAGCGCGCGCAACCUUGCGCUGCCGGGGGGCUUCGCCCUCCCCAUGUUCGCGGAAGAUUUUAGACUUUGCCCCGCCCCUUCGGCUUUUUCUUUCUUUGCGUGUAGUGUAGCCUCGGCAGGCGAUUCGUUUUCCCCGCCACCGGCUCGCGUGCUGACGUGGGCGCCUUUGGGGUGUUGUCCGUUUUUUAUGUUGCCCGCGCGGCGCGGGUCUCCAUGUCGGAGCUAAGGCGUGCGGCUCCGUGGCGCUUUGUGCUUUAUUUUGCCGGGGCUUUUUUUUGCAUUUUUGCUAUUUAUUUUAUGCCAGUAGGAACAUGAACAGCAGCCCGCCUCUGCAGUUGGCGCCCUUUUUCUCUUUUUCGUGUCGAAAUUUUCGUGGGCCAAACACGCGGCACCGGCUGCGUCUUUCGCACUUUGCUUCCAGAGCUAGUGGCGCGACUGCUUCGCGUAAGCGCCCCUGAAUUAGCACCAAGCGAGGCUCUUCGUUGGUUUUCCAUGUAAUGCAAUCCCGGAGGCCGGUCCGGCGUGUCAGCCAGCGGCCUGCUUCUUGGUGCGGACAUUUUUCUGGCGUUUUUCGUUUCGCGCGUUGGUCGCGUGGCGUUUCUCUUCAUGUCAGGGCGCAGAAGAGUGACGCGGCGGCGUUUUUCGCUCCUUGUCUGCAUUUGUGGGCUUACUAUCCUUGCUGCGCUGCAGCGCCAGCCCCGACUUACCAAGCAUCCAUGAGAGGCGCCGCGGUUGCUAAGGUUUUACGCUAAAAGUGGCGACGCUGUCCAUGUUUUGCCUUCGUCUUCCUUUUUGGGUGUCUUCCCGUUGCUUUUUUGCCGUACUUCGUUCAUUUUGUUGCGUUUUUGCGCCUUUUCGAGCUACGCGGAGCUUUUCUGGCGCAUUUUGGGGCUAAAAACGAACAAGCUGCCUGGGGCUGGUUAUUUUCGCCGCCGGGUUGCCGUAUUUCGUUCAUUUCGUCGCGCUUUUGUGCCUUUUUAAGUUGGAGGAAGUUUCUGUGGCGCAUUUUGGUCCUCAGAACGGCCAAACUGUCUGGAAUUGGCCUGGCGGAUGCGAUAGCGCCACCGCUCUGCGGACUUGCUCCUGCAAAAUCACCGGCGCGCGCCUUGUCGCGCUUUUGCGCCUUUUUGGAGAAUUUGCAAAGUGUUGCACUUUUUCACCUAUUUCGAUGGCUUUGCGACGUUUUUGCUUUAGUUUGCGUCUGUUGGUGCAUUUGCGCACCUUUUUGAGCUGAGGGGAGCUCUUUUGGCGCAUUUUGGUCCUAAGUACGACCAAACUGUCGGGAGUUAGCCUUACGGGUGCGACAGCGCCAACGCGCUGUGAACCGCUGCAAAAUCAUCGGCGCGCGCAAUGUUGCGACUUUGCGCAUUUUUCGAGAAUGCGCAUAGUGGCGCACUUUUGUGCCUAUUUUGAAAAAUUUGCGCCCUUUCCGCCUUAGUUUUUGCAUUUUGGCGCAUUUGCGCAAUUUUUAGGUUUAACAAGGUGGCCCCGCCGUGCGCUUUUUCGUCCAACCAUUUCGCUCUUUUUGACUUAACAAGACCUGUGCUGCAGUGAAAUGAGUCGAAUUAGCACCAAAAAGGUGCGUCUGUACCUUAAGAAAAUUGGCACUUUUCUUUCCAUGUGAUACAUGUUUGCAAUGCAAGUUGAUAACUUCUGCAAAAUUAGUCGCCUUUUUGUCUUUUUGGCUUAGCGAGACCCAAUCUGCACCAGGAUGGCCCUAGUUAGCACGAAGAAGCUGUCUCUUUGCCGUUGUUUGCGCGUAUUUCGUUCAUGCUAUUGCGCCCUGUGCGCCUAUGAGCUAAAGCGGCCACGUUUUGCGGGAUUUUGCUUUCAAACCGGCCGCGGCGCCUGAAAUAAAGGCCACCGCUGCGGCUUCUGCUGCUGCGCUGGAAUAUUGUAAAAACGCAGAACCGUCCACGCAGCCGGGGUCGUGGCCUUUUUGCUGAGUGUGCAAAAUGUUGCACCUUUGCCCUAAAUCCUGCACAUGUGCCACGUUUGUGGCUUAAUUUGUGCACUUUUGUGCAUUUGUGCAAUUUUUAGGCUUAACUCUAUCCGUCACACGGUGCAGCUGCAGCGCGUUUUUGCCUUUUUGAGUUAACAAGAGCGAUUCUGCAUGAAAAUGUCGCUAGUUAGCAUCAAAAAGAGGGCUUUUUUUCUUAAAAAAUUCUUGACCGUUUUUGGCAUGUGAUGCAUGUUUGCAAUACAAGUUAGAGACGCUCUCCAUUUUGCACGUUUCACCGUGACAAAUUUUCGAUGUUGAAUGGGCAGCCGGGCCUCAGAUGCCCUGCGGGCCUAGAUUCUGUGCCAGAAAGACUCAUGGUGCUUUCAUGCAAGACGAAAAGUUUCCAUUUGGAAACUUAGCAUCAGAAACAUUUGCAACUUCCGGGGCGGUGGGGGCACUUUUGAGUGUAAUAUCGUCGCGUGCAGCCACGAUGAGCAGUAUGGAGCUAAACGCUGUCUCCGGUAUAUCCUACAGAAAAGUUGUAGUACACCCAUAAUACAAAAAAAAAAAAGAAUUGGUGUUGCGGAUUUUCGUUUCACAAAUAAGGUCUUCUUGGCUGCUCAGCAUGCCAAGUAUACUUUGUUUUAUUUGCGCUACUUUUCUAUAGCGUAUAGGUGUAAGCCAAGUUUACAAACUGCAUUUUGCAUGGCAGGAAAGUGCCUUGCUGGCGCUUGCUCUGGUCUCCGCAAGACCGAGCGACGCGAAUUUUGCAAUACAAGUUCUCUUUUUAUCCGCGGGUACGGGUAUCCUUUUCCAUGGAAUACGGCAGUUUUCAACACUUGCGAGGAAAUACGUUCACGACCGACGAGGAGGACGAAGGUACCUCUUUUCGUUUUUUUUUUAAUCUAUACCAUCGAGUACCUUGCAUGUUAAUACCCUUUGAAGACUUGGCGCUUGCGAUGUCAAUUUUUGCCAUGCGAGAUUAUGUGACUUUUGUCAAAGUAACAAAACGGGUGGGCCUGUAGGGUCAAACUCCGGUCGGUUGGUUGGUCGCUUAUUGAGAUAUGCAAAUGUGACGCACGUUGGAAACUAGAGAAAAAGAAAAGCAACGCAAGACAGGGGCGCCAGCCGCGGGAAGCGACUCGGCGGCGGUGUUUCUGGAUAUGGCAACGGAAAGGACUUAAGCCAGAGCAGGUUUUUUUUUCCACAAAUGAGUUCAGCGUAGCUGAUUGGUGUGCGACACAGAGGCGCCAGCUUGCUUGCCCAUUGAGGCCUCGCGGUGGUCCACCAUUGAAGUGGCUGUCCCAAGGGUACGGCGGGAGUAACGCCGCUUGCGCCUGCGCGUUUUGGCGGCCCGAGCGCCGGGCGCAUUACAGUUGGGUCGUGCCCUCUUUCGAAAGACCUGGAACUGUUUGAAGAACCUGGCAUGCCUGACGAGGCGAAGCAGCCUCGUCUGGCUGGCCGAUCUUUCGCUGCAGUGGAGGAGGCGGCAACGUUCUCCAACGCGGUGAGCAAAAGCAGCUUUCUUCUCCUUCUGUAGGUCGAUCGACCCUGCUUCUCGCGAACUGCCCUGAGCGUGACCACCUGCGCAUUCUACCGCGCCCACGGCGCGCCCGCCCUACGGAAUUCGGCUCGCGAAAAGUCCCAAAGCCGGGAAGGCCGGAUGGGAUAUGUUUUUGAAAUGACUAUGUAUAAACAAAAAAGGGGGGACUUGGGCCCUUCUCCGGGCCGUGCUUCCGGAGAAGGCCGAUUUCUGAACCCCUGGCAAAACGGCCGGAGGGCAAGAAGCGCCCCCCGGGGCCCAGGCUCGGCUGUGCGCUUUGCCCGCGGCAUCAGAAUUGGUCUCGCCGAUGUUGCGCAGCUCUUGUAGUUUGAAUUAUUUCAAGAAGGCCUGGAAUGGGCGCCUCCUUUUCGAUCGUCGGUUUGGUUUCUGCGUGGGGCGUCGGCCGAAUGCCUGUGCCAGAACUUGGUAGGUUGGCCGCGUGUUUGCCUUCUUGCUUCCAGCAGAACCACCACAGGCGUGGGGCGUCCGGCUUCUGCGCGUGGCGCGACCGGCCAGAGUCGCUCCGUGCCGGGGCGCGGUACUGGCAUUGCCCUUGCCCGGGCUUGAUGCCAGCUACCUCAGAGCACCCCGACAAGGAAGCGUUGCGCCUUACCUUUUGUUGCCGCCGCCAUGCAAAAGCCCAUCACCCACUUGCCCGUCGGGUAAUUCAUGCGGUCAGGUAGAUCAAAUGCGCAGGGCGCGCGCUCGCUCUGCACGCCCGCGAUAUUGCGUUGCAAACGCAGCGCGAAGGCCUUUGCCGCUACAUGCAAACAAUAUGGAGUCAAGAGGGCCAAGGGAAUCAGGUGCGGGCGGGGGGAGGGGGCGGCGCGGGAGGUGCGCGGAAGCGAGGCGCGCCCAGCCGCAAAAAACAGACCAACGGGGGAAGCUGGAAGGCCGACGCUUUUCCCGCAGGGCCCCCCGCAUCUACAUCCAAAAAAUUGGCUUCGCAAAGUCCUUUUUCGAUCGUCGGUCUUGUGCCGGCCGCCGCCGCAGGCUUUGUUUGGGAUCUGCCCGGAUGCCAAGGGCCGCGCGCAGGUUGCGACGAGUUGGAAAAAGAAAGGAAAAGGGCCGCGCCAUAAUUUGGGCCCGGCCGGCGCGCGGAGGCAGGCGCCUGGCUUCCUCCGGCGGCCCAGGGCCGCCUGCAGGUUGCGCACGCAAACAGGCUUUGGAAAGGGCGGAAAAAAGUAGCGCCACAGCGCGGGCGGAAGCAGGCGCCGGACCCUGUCCAGAGCCGGCCCGCGGUCCACUGACUACAGAAAAUCGGAAAAGUGCGAGAGGGUGCAAAAGCAGAAAAUCCUCGCCGGCCCAAGAAGCUGGUCACCAAGGAAGGGCGGCCGGGGGGGCCCGGUCUCGCACCAUGCCCUCGCGAAGGUCCGUCGGCGCAAAAAGAGCGCGACUUGGGACAUGUCACAGCGCCCCCACCUUUUCAGGUUUUCUGGAUCGAUGGGCCCAACAAGUCCUGUGUUCUCUUGCACUCCAGGCGGCCAGCAGUGGCGGCCCGGCCAAGCGGUGGUCGCGGGUUUCGGGAAAAUGCGCAAAGGCCGCACAGACCAGGGCCCGCUCCUCAGCCUUAAAUUUUUGCGUGCGCGACGGCACGGCGGCCUUGAAAUAGCUGCCGCCGUCGCUGCAGGCUAGAUAGGAUGGACGCCCCGCUGCGACGUAGGUGGCUUUCGCAUCCAAUGCUUAUCCAAGGAGCCUGCGCGCGGGCCGCCGCCCGCGGGCGACGUUCGGUGCGUAGUUGGCCCUGGCCCUUCCGGGCCGCGGGGGGAUGCCGCAUGCGAAGCGUGCCUCCCGUGGAGUCGCGGCCCGCGGUUCGGCACGCAGGGAGGCUAGGCUCUCGCGCGCGCAUAUGGUUAAGCAGCAAUAUCGGUCGCCGGGCGCGGGAUUCAUAGAGAAGAAAACGAAAGAGGGCGCGCGAAGAGAGCCCUUCCCGUUGCCAUGUUGGAACCUAGCAUGUUUCGGACUGCCGGCGGAUAUGGCUGGGCCGCGCGGCAUGUAUGGUCCCCCCGUGUGCUUUGGUGUGUUUGUUUUUCCUGAACGGGCGGCGGCCCGAGCACUGCUGUGGCGUGUCUCUUUGUUUGCGCUACAACCUACUUACAAGCACACGCGCGCGCUCCGCCAGGCGGGCGGAGUUUCCCAUAGCAGAUGCAUGCGUGGGCGCGCAGGCGAAAAGACAGGCACGCGCGCGCCUCCACCAGAGUAGGGGCGCCAAAAAUGCUGCCAGCCCAGGUGGCGCCGCGGCCGGUUGCAGUGGACGCUCGCGACCGGCCCUGGGUGCCAGGGCGACGCACGGGCGCCAGUCAGUGCGGCGCCGCUUUCGGGUGGUGCCUCGCCUGCCAGUCAGCGGCCCGGAAGGUGGCGCCGCCGGGCGCAUACUCCCAAAAGCGGCGCCCCUUCUUGGCGCUGCCGCCAGUGGCACUGCCCGCGCGGGGCCUUGCCGAUGAGGCCGGUGGCGGUUAUUUAGUUUCAGCCAGCACCCCAGGUGGUCCGCCGGCGCCACGGAUAUCUCAGGGGUUGCGCUGCCAUCAUUUGGGCCCGGCCUUGCGCGCUUUCCGUCGGUCUUGUGCCCAGGCAUGCAGGUGCCCCCGUAUGUAGUGAGGCCCCAGGCGCCCCCGUAGGGCGUCCUUAGCUUAUCCGUUUUGCCAUCUACAAAAGAAACAAAGCGCCUGGCACCGUCUAGCCGUCGGGCCGCGCGCCUUUUUCUUUCCGCUGCCACCCACUGGACAAAAUACUCCAGGAGCCAAAAUCGUCCGGAAUUUCUUCCCAAACAGGGCGCGCGCGUUGCAUCUCAUCGGCGCGCUACCGAAAAGCGGCGCCGCCGGCCCCUGGUUGUGACGUGCCAUUCAGGCAGGCGCGCCAAGCUCUACUGGCUAGGUAUGUAUGCCGCGGAACCUAAAAAGGGCCGCGCGAAAGACAGGCGCGCGGCCGCAUGUAGAGAGGGGCUGGCCCGCGCAUUGCUUCGCGUUCGGGCGCCGUAAAAGCUGGCCCCGCUGAUGUGUUUUUGAUAGCUAAGCAACAAAAGCGGCCGAGUUUAGUAAAGGUGGAGAGCUAGGCCUAGGUAGCUGGCAUGCCAUCGGCCCGAUUGUGACAGGUUGGUCGCCCAGAAGGGCGGUCCCUUUUGGGGCCGACUGUCCGAGCGGGGCGGGCCCACCCUAGUUCGCGGAGGCACCUGGGCUCCUCGGGUGCCGAGGGUUUGCCACGUCACCUGCGGAAACAAACAAAGGGCGUAGCAUGCCGCCCGUUUCUUAUUUCCUUCGCAUGCCAAAGUCCAUGCAAACUGCAAAAGCAAAACCCGCGCCAAACUUAAUGGGCGUCCUCUGUCACUAGAAGCGCGGGCAGGAGGCUUGGCCGCGCUACGUCGGUCACGUUCGUUGCGCGGCACCCGGACAGGCGCUUGGCACACAUUCAAAAAGCCCUCCGCCACAGCGCCAAGCAGAAGCAUGGCCAGAGGGCGGCACCGGCGAGCGCCGGGCGUCGAAGUGGUUGCAGCAUGGGAAAAAAACGGGCCACGCCAUUCCAAUCAGCGCGACCGCAGAUGGGUUCCGGCCCAGGCCGUAAUAAAUGAGAACGAAGACAAGGAAGCAAGGCCGUACAGGGGCAGUCUAGCUAGGGCGGCAGCGUCGAACGGGAGGGGCCACUAACUUUGGGCGCCCAAGGCUCCGGCCCUGCCGCUGGUCCCGGUUAGGCCGUGGCAUGGGUGUGAAGGGUGCCGCGCAUCUAAAAGCGGCGCGCGCGUGCCUUUUGCCCGUUGUCUUCUCUUUUUGCCACUCCUACCUCGCGCCCCUCAGAACUGAACCCCCCUGGCUGCCCUGGUUGUGUUGCGCACCGCGGCAAGGGGGCCGGGGCGCGGCACGCUCGCGCGAAAAGCGAAAGCCGCAAGCGCCGAGCGGCCAGGCGAAAGAGCUGGCGCCCCCCGACGGCCCCCGCCCCGACGGCCGUUGUGGUGAGCAGGCAUGUUCAUGGCCGCACCGCGCCCAUGCUUCCUUGCUUCCAGUGAAUCGCUUCGCGAUCUAGUCAUGGGCCCUCGGCGCAAUCAUUUCACGAAGGAGGAAAAGGGCGGCGCGCCGUCGUUAGUUUACUAACGCCCGGAAAAGCAGAAGCAUACCCGGGGGGCGUGUGUUCUUCGCCCUCGUCAUAGGAACGCGCGACGAAAGAAACGAAAAACGAAGGGGGCCAGCUCGCCUGCAAAUGCAAACGGGGAAGAGAACAAUUUGAACGGAUGCGCGGCAGUUGGCCACGAAGACCAACCGCAGGCAUUGCACCCGCACAGAAGCAAACGCGCGACGCGCGCGCCCGGCCCGUCUCUACCCGCGCUCGCUUGCUAUGAAACGAAUGAAAGAAAGUAAGAAGCCGCGCAAGGGCCGCACCUAGCCAGCGGGCCGCGGCGUUGGUGUCCAGCAGGGGGGCGGCGUGUAGUCAGGGCCACGCCCCCCCCGGCCGUGCGCCCGCCCGUGCCUGCGUGAUUGGGCUCGCCACCGGCGCAGGCGCAUUCAUUGGCAGCUGGCAGGUUUCGGCGAAUGGGGCCGCCAGAAAAAAGCAGUAGUGCCAAGGCCCGCGGGCUCGUUGCCCUGGGUCCGCUUUCUUAAUUAUAAUUAUUUUGCCGGCCCGGGGGUUUUUGUUUUCGGUAACCUGAAAAAGGGGCCCCGGCCGCAGCUUUCCCGGGCGGGGGGGGGGCGUGUUCGGUGUUCGUGUGUUUGGCGCCUCGCCUUCCGGGCGUUUUUUUUUUCAGGCCCCGCCCUCGUUCUCCAGCAUUUUGGCCGCCCCGUGCGCCGCCCAAGCACUAGGGGGGCGGGCGCGCAGCCUUGGCGGCCCAGCUUUUUCUCGUCUCUUCCGGGGUGCUCGCCCCCUUCGACGGCGGCCCGCUCUCCUUGCUGUCUUGUGCGCCGGCGCGGGGGGGGCGUGGGUGCUGCUUUUCAGCCCUUUGGCCACCCUCGCGCAGGCGCGCGCGCAUAUCGUUUUCGGCUUUUUUUUUUGGCGGCUAGCCAGGUUGAGGGGCCCGAGCCCAAUUUCCGCUCCGCCCGCGCCCGUCCUGGCCCGCCCCGGUUUUUGUUCGUUGUCAGCCGGGGCCUUACCGUUUCAAUCUGGACACCCCUGGCCCGGCGUAAUGCUGCAGAUGGCCGCGGAUUAAUCCACAGCGCAGCACUUAUUGCGAUGGCUGGUCGUCGCAAUGGAAUCAACCGGAACAGAUUUGCCACGCAAGCGCUUCCGGGAAGAAAACGCGCCAGAGCAAUAUUAUUGCAAAUGCUAGCAGCAUCGGCGCGGCGCUCCUGUAGGCCUCGCGGCGGCCGCUUCCCUCAGGCGCCUGCCGCCCUAAGGGGCUUGCUAAGGCAGGACCCCGCAACAGGUUCUUGCGGCGACGCCGACCGGCCCGAGGCGGCAGGCUACGAGCUCCGCAGCCGCGCCCCCAGGAGGCACAUUCUUCUGGGGGCCUGGUGCAACUUGCCGGACGGAGGGACGGGGCUUGCCCUGGCAGCCUCUUCGAAAAGGACGUCGCGCCCGCGGCCCCGCCGUGCCCGCGCCUGGAAAUGCAAACCAAAGCAAAGGCUCAAAGGGAGAAGCGGCGCGGGCAGCUUAGGCCACCCCCCCAAAGGCAGCCCGUCGGGCGAGAGGGGGGGGGGUGGCCUGACCUUGCUGGCGGCUCAGACAGGCCACCCCCCGGGGGCAGCCAGAGCCACUGCCGCCGCGCCGCCCGCCACCCAUGGCUGCGUAUUUUCUGGGUUUUUUCGGCUAUCAUAUUAACAGGCGCCCGCGCUCGGGCAGCGCGCGCCCGCCCGGCCUCGGGGGCUUCCUGGCAGGCUUGUGCAUGUUUGUUGGGCAGGGGCAGCGGCCGCCUUUCCUGGUCCGCGGCUGGCGUUUAUUUUCUGGCCAGCGCGCGCGAGCUUAGGCGAUCUCGAUUGGUCCGGAGUUGUGUUUUUUUUCGUUGCGCAGGACAGCCGAGCGCGCCCGCGGAUGGGUGUUUCCUUCCAGCCUGCGCCCUUUGUAGUUUGCGCAGGCACGGCGAACAAAAGCGCGGCGGCUUUUUGCCGUUCUGGCCAGCCUGCUCAUGGAUCGAUGCUUGCAAGCCGAAACGACCGCCGCCGCCUGCAGAUUGCAGCUUUUCUGAAGGACGGCCGGGAGCGCUUUUUGGUGAGUGUUUCCAACCUGCGCCCGGGCUGGUCUGCGCAGGGCAAACAGAAGCGGGCCCGGUCGUUUCUUGUCCCCGUGUGGCUUUUGCCUUUCUGGCCCGCCUGUCGUGUCUGGGCAUUCGCACAACAGAGCCGCGCGCCCUUGCUAUUUUGUUCCGCUUUUUCUCCGAUGCGCGUGGCACGCGGCAGCAGUUUUGGGGCCUUCUGGCGUGCGCCUUUGGCUUUCUGGUUUCUUUGCGCAUUGCAAACAAGAGCGGGCCCGCUCGUAGUUGGCCCGCGGCUUUUCUGGUCUGGGUAUAGUAUGUAAACAGAAACGGUUUAGGCCAGGGCCAUCUCUUGCCCCCGUCCUGUUUUUUUUUUGCGUUGCGCACGGCAGCCUUUGCGCUGCGUUUUACGCGUUCGGCCCUGUUGCCUCCCAGCCUGCGCGCGUUGCGAGUGUCCUGGCUGGUUUGCGUGAGCGAAAAAAAGAGGGCUUGUGCGCUCUCCUGUUCGCGGUUUUCCUGGUCUGCGCGUGCAAAGUACUAGAAGCGGCCGCGGUUGGUCGCAACCUCUUUGCGUGUUGCGCCUAUAUACGUUUUUAUUUUUGCGCGCCGCAUGGCAGGCGGCGGGCGGCUUUGGUUGCUCUCGGUUCGCGGUUUUCUUUUCUGGCUCGCGCAUGGGCGAGAACCAGAGCGCCCCUUCCCGUUGCGUAAGUGCUUUUUCUGGUAAGCGCAUGCCAGCGCAGGCGGACGCGGCCGCCUCUCGGCUUGCUGCGGUUUUUCGUUCUGCGCUGCGCAUUAGGUGAAAGUGGCGUGGGGCGUCUUUGGUGAGUGCUUUUGCUUUUGCGUUUUCGCACCGCAUGGCGAACAGGGGCGGCGGUGUUCGCUUGUCUGGCGCAGCUUUCCUCGUCUGCGUUCCCACGCGCCCACGCAGGCCCAGGCGCCUGUGGCCGCCCCCCUGCUGCGAUUAAUUUUUUUGCGCUCGCUGCGCACGACAGACCGAAGCAAGCGGCGCCCGCCGCUUGUGCCUGGCGCGGGCGUGCCUGCCUCGCCCUUCCGCCUUGUGUGUAGGAAACAUACAAACGCGCCACACUUCGCUUGCAGGCGCAGGCCGCGGCCGUGCUUUUCUGCCUAGGCUGCCUAGGCAAAUAAAAGGAGGGGGCGAAGCAGCCGGCCCUGUUCUAUUUGGUUUGCUGCUUCUGAUCGCGCCGGCCCCUCCUGGUUUGCUUUGCGUGUGGCAAACCGAGGCGGCCCCGCUGGUUUCUAGCUGGCCGCUUUUCUGGUGUGCGCUCGCAGGCAAACAAAGACACCGCCGCCACCGCUGCGCAGCCAGUGUGCGUUGCAGCCAUUUUUUUCGCGUCGGCCGCGAAUGACAGACGCAGGCGGCUCUGGGACGGAGGGUUGUGUCUUUUCGUGGUGGCCUCUGGGACGGAGGGCUGUCUCUUUUCUGGCUUUGCGGUCCGUCGCAGGCCGCUUGGCCAGCCUUCGCGGGCGGUUGCGGCCGCACAGCCAUAGUGGUUCGCUUGCGGGCCGGCUAGCGGCCCGCGAAUGCCUGCCGGGUGUCGUUCGUGGGCGUAUUAAUUUGCAUGACAGAGCGCAGCAGGCGUCCGCCAGCGCUUGCGCCCUUGCUCGGGUUGAGGGGCCUCGGCAACUGGGGGGGCGCGCGGGUGUGUGGGCGUGUGUGCGGGUGUUGGGCGUCGCGAAGCAGGGAGCACCCGUGCUGCCGUUGGGGCGACGUCCCUUGGACUUGGUGGAACUUCGACAAUUAUGGUGGCUACCACGAGUGCGACAACGAUUUUAGCGACCCAGAAUGCGACGACGAGGAGCAGCGCAUUUUGGCCGAGGAUGGGGGUUGUGCAGCUCACAUCUUUAGCAUGGACGGGACCGACGCCUGGAUCGACACAGGAGGCGGCGGCAGUUCGGCCAGCAAGCAAGCGCCUCGGAGUGUUGCCGAAUUUGAUGACGGGUGCAGCAUUCAGACCGACACGGGCAAGUCAAAUACUACUGGAAAACGCGCGCGCGCUUCUUUUCUAUAGAGUAAGAGAGAGCGCGGGCGGCCGCUGCUGCAAGCAUGGGCGCGCGGGCGGUCGCUUUUUUUGCGGUAUUUGCCGCGCCCGCUAGCACGGUGGGGCCGGCCGUGCUAGAAAAGCAGCCAACGCAAAAAGCCCGCCAGGGUGUGGUCGGUGGGUGGUGUGGUUUAUUUUGCAGCUUUUGCGUUCGCCCGCGGCGCGACCCCGGUUGGCAUGAAAAGCGGCGGAAAGUGGGGAGCGCCCUCCGCCUCUUCCUCGAGGCCGUGCCCUAUUUGCGCGCUCGGCUCGCAAAGGCAAGGCGCACCGUACGCAACUUGGCUAUGUGCGUGAUUUUCCCAAAGUGUUGGCGCCCGUAGCACGACGGGCGCCGGGUCGGCGCCCUUGCUUGCAGGGCACGCUUUAGCAGACUUUUUCUGCAGCCCGGCGCCCCUUCCAAGUCCAGAGUGGGAGCCGAGUAUUGUUUUUCGUGCGUCUAGACAUAGCGAAUACGCGGCACCACACAAAAUGCUGAACACUCAUCCACUACGGCGCUCGUCCAAAAAUUUUAAAAAGAGCGGCCAGGCACACACAGCGUGAACCGAAUGCAGGCCCACUAUUUCGCCGGCGCAAGCGCCAUCAGCAAGCGGCGACCGGUAAGUUAGUAUUAGAUCAACCCGCGUGGACUUGGUGCGGAGGCUUAGUAUUCUUCUCGGGCAAGGAGGGUUGCCGCAGUGUGUUGAUGGUACCUGCGAGAGCAAAAGUUUGGCUCCUUAUAUGCUCACUUUCUCGCCGUCGCCACGUUCCGUGGCGCGAUUGGCAUCUGGCUAGCAAUCCUCACUGGCCGCGCCGCAGUCAUGCCGAAGCGAAUAGAUGUCGCAGAAAAGGAAGCGUCUGCCUGUGCAGUCGAUUGCCGCGUAGAGUGUUUCUCUUUUCAACGGCCGGGCCGCGCAAAUACGACCCGAGCGACCGCUGGGGCUGCUGAUGUUUCUCAGCUUUCAAGGUUGGGACCUCUUUUUUAGCACGCCUCCACCCUGGUAAAAAUCCGGCGACUUCGUUACAACUAAGUCGGCGCAGUAAGUAUUUCAAGUACUUAUUGCGCCGACUUGGUUGUAGCGACGUAAUGUAAGUAAGUAACUUACUUACAUUAGGAUUAGCGCGGCUUGACCGUGCUGGCUAGUAUUUUAUACAUAAGAGUGAAGCGCUUGUCAGUUUUCCAUCCAUAAAAAUGAAACACCCGUGCUGCGAUUAUGAGAGCAGAGGCUGGGGGAACGCGUUUUGGAGUAUGGGAGACGGGUCACAAUUCACCUGCGCGGCAACGUCCCGGUGCCGCGAGGACUUACCGUACGGCUUCGACUGCAAGUUGGGGAAGAACAAGUUCUUUUACUACGAGAUCAGCACGAACGACUAUGAAGGGACAAAAUGCAGCCAAAGCCUCACACUUGCUCAAGCGAGCUAUAAUCCAAAGCACGAACUAUCUGAUAAAAACAAUAGUCGAACUUUAGCACUUUAGUCGCGAUUGAUAUAUGAGAACCCGCGGCGAACUAAGAAACCGACGUGGGCCGUCGAGGAUGUCGGUUCUGAGUUUCGACAUCGCGGCUUUUCCGUCCGGGGUUUCCAAUUUUUUUGGUCGAGCCUGAAGUGCGGGGCUCGUCGUUUGUGAUCUGAAAAGUCGCGCCUUCUCGUGCUUUGCAAAUUUGAGCUUUUUUUUUUCCGGAUGCUUAUGGAUGCGUGAGGCCACGGAAAUUUGUCCCUUCAUACGAAUGGGGAACCAAAAAUCGUCGCGAAAUCCUCGCCCGGAAGCAAUCCACCGAAAGAGGAAGAGAAGAGUGCGAGAGCCGAACCCACCCGCAACCGGUGGUCGUUGCCGUCGUGGAACGGAAGGCGUAUCCCUUGGAAAAAUGAACGAAGGACAUCAUUGUGAUGCAUAUGCAAAUGCGCAAGAAUGAACUUCGUGGGCGAGCCCAUGGCGCGCUGAGUAGGUCAUGCAAAAAUUCAGAGGCAGCAGGCCAAACCUAUUUUCGCAUUGUAUGAACAGCAUACUAUUCGAACUAGUUUCUCUGGGAUACCUACUUUCUGCUCUGGUUCCAACUGUGCCAGCGGGUACGCGCAUUCGGAUGAGUCAGAUGCGUUUGGGCCAUCUGCCGAGUCUUCGACUGCGCGCUAGCUGGUUUUUCUGGGUGUCGAAGUUGAUUGUAAAUGAAACAUUGUAUGUGGACAACAAAUUUUAGCCGGCGCCAUGACUUUGACAUUGACUCCCGCUUCUACGCAUCGCUCCGAUAAUAUCACAAAUAGCUCGGACUCACUUUCAUCUUUGUGACAAUCACGACCUGGUGCUAAGUGUCGAAGGGAGAACUACGAGAAAACGAAUUAUGUUUCGCGUUUGGCAAGAACAUAUGUCAGCAAACAAGGCAUUUGUAUUUGAUACAACUGAUAAAAAUUGUCAUUCCGUUUUCAGCUACUUGCUCAAAUUUUCCAUGAUGCUUCGUUUUUUUUUGCAAAAAUACUACAGACUUCUGCGCAAAAAUAUGUAGGAGGUGCUGUAUUUGAAAGAAUAGAACAGAGGACAACGAAAAAAUGACUAUGGGAAGUGGUUGGAUGACUUCGUCACCUCCACCCGCAAACGCAAUGAAAAAGCAAUAUACUUAAGUGUCA